AUGGGGCUGAACUGCAGAAGGAAAAUAUGGGGCACAGGGGAUUUUGAAUUCGGCAAACCACUUGGGAAAGGGAGAUUUGGAGCAGUCUACUUGGCCAGAGAGAAAAAGACCCACUUCAUCUUGGCUUUAAAAGUAAUAUUCAAGUCUGUCUUGGAGAAGGCUCAGAUGGAACAUCAGCUUCGGAGAGAGAUAGAAAUCUUAAGUCAUCUCAGACAUCCAAACAUUUUAAGAAUGUAUAACUAUUUUCACGAUAAGACACGGAUUUUUCUGAUGCUGGAAUAUGCUCCAGGGGGAGAGCUGUACAAGGAGUUACAAAAAAAUAAUCGAUUUGAUGAUAAUAGAACGGCCACUUACAUUGAAGAAAUAGCCGAUGCUCUGAUGUACUGCCACGCUCAGAAAGUGAUCCACAGAGAUAUCAAGCCUGAAAAUCUCCUUUUAGGAUUAAGAGGAGAGUUGAAGUUGGCGGAUUUUGGCUGGUCAGUGCAUACGCUUUCACUGAGGAGGACAACACUAUGUGGCACCACAGAUUAUCUUGCUCCAGAAAUGAUAGAAGGGAGUCCCCAUGAUGAAAAUGUUGAUGUGUGGUGUGUUGGCAUUCUUUGUUAUGAGUGUCUUGCAGGAUAUGCACCUUUUGAAGCACCCACUCGUAUGGAGACAUUCAGACGAAUAAAGGAGGUGAAUUUUAAAUUUCCUCCUUGGAUAUCAGAGGGAGCCAUGGAUCUAAUUGCUAAAGUUCUUAACCGUACACCUUCUAUGAGACUUCCUCUGAAAGGAAUAAUGGAACAUCCAUGGGUUAAGACAAAGUCAAGAAGAAUUUUGCCACCUAUCUAUAAUGAAGUAGAAAAGUAAAUGUUUAUGUUAUCUCCUAAACGCUCUUAACUCAUUUUAUUUGUAAAUCUCUCUUGUAUCUCUUUAGAUAGCUAGUUGUUUGUUGAAUCACUGUUGUAAAUGACUUUCUCAUAUUCUUAUUUAAAUGACUUCUUGCUACUAAUGGCAAUAAUACUGCAUGUUAGCUGGAUUUGUAAAGUGAGGGUAUUAGUCGUUAAUGUAACAGAGGAAACAAGUGUAUUCUUUUAAAAAUAAAACACGACUCACAAGGCAAUAGCAAUUGGGAGAGAUGGUAUAGAUAUAGAGGGUAUAUUGCUCUCUUCAUAAUAUCUUCGAAUAAGAGAACCAAUUGACUAUUAUCUUUUUGAAAAUAUGGUAGUAAUAUUCUGAAAAGUGGGGAGUAAAUAGUAAGAAAAAACUACUAAUCUUCAUCAGGAAAAAUACUUUUUUCCUUUUUGUAUAGCCUUCUGCAUAAGAACAAGAUCUAGCACUGUCAGAUCUGUGUUGGGAUUAGAGCUGAUAAAAAUCUUGUCUUAAAAAUAAAAAUGGUAAAAUAUCAAAGCUAAUAAAAAAUAGUAUUAUAUUUACUUGUUGGCUUCUCAAACUGGAUUUUCAU